UUGGCCACGUGCAUUUUUGUAUUACUUUUAGUACUUAAAUUUUCGUAAACAAUUGUUAAUAUUUUCAGUGUAAACGUUAGUGUAAAUAACGAGUAAUUAGAAAUGAGUGUAAUACCGUGUACAACUUGGGUGAGAAAAGGUGUUGCAUCGACAAACCCAGAGAAGGUUCAAUUAACUCCAGAAGAAUUACAGCAAAUCAUAAAACAUACACAAUCUGAAUUACAAGAUGCUGAAAAUGAUUCAAAUGAGGAAAAUGAUGAAAAUGAUGAAGUUGUGACAAAAAAGAAUCAAACAGAAUCUCAACUUGAUAUAUCCGAAACAGAUGAAUAUAAUUUUGAUAAAUAUGAUGAUGAAUCGGGUAAUGUACAUUGCAAUAUUGGUAAUAUUGCAAGUUUUGGCAAAGGUGGAAAAGAUCCUCUUAUAACAGAGGAGGACAAUGAUUCAGAGAAAGAAGAUGAUAUUAUUAAAAGUGAUGACAAUUUUGUAUUAGUAGGAAAUGUUGAAGAAGAUGCUAGUAUCUUGGAAGUAUUUGUAUAUAAUGAAGCUGAGGGUUCAUUUUAUUGUCAUCAUGAUAUAUUGCUACCAUCAUUCCCAUUGUGCAUAGAAUGGCUUAACUUUGAUCCCUCAGAUUCAAUGCCAAGUAAUUUAUGUGCAAUUGGUAAUAUGACACCUAUAAUAGAAGUAUGGGAUUUAGAUUUAAUAGAUUGUUUAGAACCAGUCUAUACACUUGGUCGAAAACGUAAUAAAAAGAAAAAUGAAAAACGAAUUGGACAUAGGGAUGCUGUGUUAGAUUUAGCAUGGAAUGAAAACUACAUGCAUGUUCUGGCUAGUGGAUCAGUUGACCAAACAGUUCUAUUAUGGGAUUUAGAAAAUGGAACUCCUGUCAAUAAAUUUACUUCUUUUAAUGAAAAAGUUCAAUCAUUAAAAUGGCAUCCAAUGGAAACACAUCAAUUAUUGACAGGUUGUGCAGACAAGAUGGUGAGAUUAUUUGACUGUAGAUAUGAAACAAUUGCAAAAUCUUGGACAGCAAUGGGAGAAGUGGAAAGAGUAUUGUGGAACCAUUUUGAUUCAAAUUACUGCAUAGUCAGUACUGAUAUUGGAUAUCUACAAUACAUAGAUAUUAGAAAAGAAGAACCAAUUUGGAAUAUAGAGGCUCACACAAAAGAAGUCACAGGUUUAUCUCUUAGUUCAUCCUGUCCUGGUUUUCUUGUUACCUCCUCAAGUGAUGGUGUCAUAAAAGUAUGGGAUAUAAUCAAUAAUAUAGAGCCGUGGUUUGUUUUGGAAUUGAAAAGUAGUCUUGGUGCUUUAUUAUGUCUUGCAUCAAAUCCAGAUAGUCCUUUUAUAUUUGCUGCUGGUGGUGAUAAUAAAGCACACAAUUUUAAAGUAUUUGAUUUUUCGGAAAUAUCACAAGUACGUGAAAGAUUUCAAGAUAGGAAGUGUGUUGCAUCACAAAAUAAUACCCAUGAUAUAAGGAUAAAACAAGAAAAAAAGGAAGAAAUGAUGGAUGUAACUGAAAAUAUGGAUUCAAUGAUUUUGAAUGCAGAUAAGCCUAAUAUAAUAUCUAAAAAGAAGGAAAAAAUUUUUCAUCUGGAUAAUGUAAUUGACAUAUCAGAUGGAAUGGAUAAAUCAUGGGAUCAUCCAUGGACUACAGAGGAAAUGAGAAAAAAAAGAAGAGAAUGGAGUUUAGCAGGUGAUGCAGGGCUUCUUAAACAUCUUCAGCAAUUUUCUGAAAAUUUAGCAUCAAAAGCAGAUAAAACUCAAGAGGCUUUGGAUUCAUUGACAACUCAAUUAAAUGAAACAGCAAUAUUUGUAGAUAAUGUUACCAAUACAUCUUUGGCUUUGGCCAAUAAUCAAUUUAUUGAGAGCCGUGUGCAAGAAGAUGAUGUAGAUAUUGAGAAAAACAAAGAAACAUCAGUUGAGAAAUUGAAAGAUGAAGAUUCUGAAGCUGCAGAUUUAAUAGCUAGUGUAAGUGAAAGUAUAAAGCAAGGCCUAAAUAUAAUGUAUGAAAAGUAUAAGGAAAUGGAGUUUGUUGAUAGUGAUAGUGAAGAGGAGGACAAUAAAGUAGUACUAAGUGUUGUAUUGGGGCCAAAUAAUCCAUACCAAGAUCGGCCUUUACCUUAUACUAUUGGUUCUGAAAAGUGGAAAACUUCAAAUAAAAUUGGUUUAGAAAGCAGCAGUAGCAGUGAAUCAGAACAAGUAGAUGAAGAAGAGGAAUCAGAAAGUGAAGAUGACAGCAUAGCAGCAUUUAAAGACUUUAGUAUGGAGGCUGCUCCAAAAACAAAUAUUGAAUCAGAUUACAGUAAAAGAAAUGAUAUAACAUACAUGGGCAAUGAGAAAAUAGAUGUAGUUAGUCAAAAUAACAUAGGCUCUGUUCCUGAAUCAAUUACUUCUAAUGAUAAUGUAUCGAAGGUACCAUUGCCAAACAAUGUAGCAUCGAAUUUUGCGGAAGAAUUGGCAAAACGGUUAGGUACAGUUGGACAACCUCAAAAACCGUCUGUUGCAGAUGAAAAAAACGAGUCGACGAUAAACCAAUUCAAAGAUGAUCUGUUUACACCAGAAGAAGAUGAAAAUGCCUUAAGUGAUAAAACUAACAAAAUAUUCAAUGAAAAUAAAGGAUUUCUAAGUAAUCAACCCGCGGAAAAUGUAUGGAAGGAAAAACAAAUUAAAUCAUAUAAGAAUAAUAUUAUACCUGCCAGCAUUGAUGUACCACCUCCAAUUAGUACAGUUUCUACAAAACCAAAAUCUUCGAUCGAUGAUCUUUUCGCCGAUGCAGAUUCUGAAGAUUCUGACGGCUUUUUCUCAUCGAAAAAUACAGUUAAAACAAUCACGAAAAAAAAAUAUUCUAAUAACAAUAAUCAUUCGUUCAAUGCAGAGGAUGCACAAAAGAAAUAUUUAGAUACUAUAACACCAGCUGGUAACAUAGCUACAAGUACACCAGAAACCAAUUUAAAUAGUGCUAAUUUGUUUAGCGACGAUGAAGAUGUCGGUGAUCUCUUUGGAUCGUCUAAAACUGAAUCCCCAAAUAAAAAAGUACGCUCGCAAGAGAAACCCGAGGGGGGUGUAUCAAAACUCGGAAAUAUCUUAACUUCAGAUUUUGAGAACAAACUAAGUAAUAUAUUACAGAGUCAUUCGGAGUUAUUCGGAUCUUCUGGCAAUAAUACGUCAGGAAAUUAUAAAAGCGGAGUAAGCAGCGAGCCCGUGCAUGAUCAUUCGCGAUAUACUAUUUCAAAUGACAAUAUUAACGAACGAGGCUCCAUCGAGACGGCAAGAAAUACCUUAGAAAGUUUAGACAUCGCCAAUGAAACCAGCGGAAUAUCGAUCCAUCCACCGAGUAUUAAUAACACAGGAGGUUCAAGCAUAGGUGUCGACUUUCAGCCACAGAUGACGUCGAGUCGCUUAAAAUCGGAGGAAAUCUACCGUGAACGAGUCGCCAGCGAUAGCCUGUUUACGGCCCGUUCGCGUAACGCGGCGAACGCUACCUCAAACUCAGCUUCGAACUCGACGAACAGUCAGCUGCAAGAGGAGUCGAUUGGAAACUUUUCCGGCAUACGACAGGACGAUGUGUUCGAGAACGAGGACCUGUUCGGUCCUCCACCGCUACCGAAAGCCGAUUCGAAGCCAACGAAGUCGAAGGUGUCGUCGCUGUUCGACGACUCUGAUUCCGGCGACGAAUUUAUCUCGACAACCAGCUCGAGUUCUAGUAGAGAUCUCUUCGACGAGGUGAUCGACAUAUUCGGGAACAAAGAUAUCUUCGAGAACAAAGAUAUCUUCGGGAUAAUACCGAAAUUGACCGCCAAAGAGGAGAGCAACAUCCCUGGUAGAAAGUUCUCGGACAUUCCCGACGAUGAUAUGUUCGCUAGUAACAUUCGAGAUACAGUAACGAAAAGCAAUGUCCCGGAGAAGAGUCAGAACGUCGUGGUACCGAAGAGGAUAAGCCUGUUCGACGACGACGACGACAACGAUUUAUUCGCCGCGAAACCUGUUAAAACCGAGACCAAAAGCGAGUCCCGUAUUUUCUCCGACGACGAGGAGAAUGAUUUGUUCACUGCGAAUAAACCGAUUGGCGGGAAGCAGAGGAACGAUAAGCAAUCGGUGGAAACGACUUCUGGGAUAGACAUUGUUGACCAGAAAGUAUCCGAUGGAAAGAGAGAAAAGAAGGACAGUCGUAUUCUUGCGGACAACGAAUUGUUCUCCACUACCACUGGAUCGCGUGGAUUCGUUUUCGAGGAUGACGACUACGACGGUUUGUUCGGCGGUACAAAGACCGUAACCACAAAGAAAACGAAAGAGAUUACAGAGGUUACGACAGUUAAGGAGUCGUCUGUUAAAGAUACCGAAAUACUAGACGACUCGAAUAUGUUUGCAAAACCGAAAGAACCAAACGUUUCCGCAAGCACGUCUAACAAGCUGGUAGAAGAAAUCACCGGGAUAUCGAUGCACAAGGAUAGUUCUGAAAAGCGUGAAACUACGGAAAACGUGAAGCACGAGCCGAAGAAGAGUCCUCCGAAAUCAUUGGACAUUCAUACAUCGUCGCCACCGUCUGAGGAGAACAGCCAAGGAGCGAAACGAGCGGUUUCUGGUAAAAUAAAAAAUCUGAUGGGCAAGAUGGGCGAUUUGAAGAUACUUUCACCCAUGGAUACAUCGCCGUUAUGGCGAAGAAGCGAGGAAAAAACAGACGAGGAAGAUAGCAUAGCGGAUCGAGAUAGCGAUGAUGGCGGAUGCAUUAGUACACAAGGUCAUAGUUCACCUUUAAGUGUAUCUGAAGACAGCACUGCUCAGAAACAAUCGCAGCAAUCUACGAUUUCGGGUGAAAGUAAUGUAGAAAGUGCCAUUAGCUUCGACGAGCCAGCCCAAGUGGAAACGUUAUCGACCACUGCUUCGAAGACUCGUGUUCGAAUACAAGCGAAACGUCGGCCACAGAGCAGGCAUGCACGAAAGUCAGCCAUCAAGCAGAGCGGAAUCAAUUUUGAUGCCGUGGACACGUCCGCGAACAAUUUACAAGAUAAGAGCCAGACUAAUCAAUCGUCGAGUGCCUUCAAUAAAGAGGUCUCUACGGCCGUGAACGUCAGUGUCGCGCAUACCGUAACCACGAAUUCCGAUCGUUUAAUUUCAUCGACUAAUGAUAAUUUUCAUCGGACCAACGACGCUAACAUAUUUUUGGCCGCGGACGAUAGAUCUGAGCUUGGUAGUAUUAGCAAGGAAAGUUCUAUGAGUGCCAACAAAAACACUUUGCUGUCCCCGUCCACCGACGAGGAAGAUUUAUUCGAUGUGCCGCCUGAUUUACCGGAGGAUCCGCAAAAAGAAGACAUGCUAUUUGGUAGAGCGCCCAUUCUUUCUCCAGUCGAGAGAGUUUUUCCUGAAAAGCCUCCUGUCACAUUCAAACCGUUAAAGGACACGUACAUCAAGCAUACCGACGAUGUAGACGCAGGUACGGCAAAGGCUGCACGAAAGAUAGAGAAAAGUAGCGUAUUAUCUGAAUCUAGUACCACUGCUAAUACGAAAGAUCCGAUUUCACGUGCAAGUCAAAUAGAAUCGAAACAGGAGGGUGUCGAAUCUAAAGACGAAUCGAAGGAAGUGAUUGAUCCAUUGCGAGACAAUAGUCACGAUCCGCUGAAAGAUCCGAGUCAAUUGUUCGCUUUCGUUACGAAAACACCUUCACCGGAAAAAGGAAAGAGUUUGUUAUUUUCCGAGGACGAUAGUCUUUUCUCUAACGGCGUUAAAAAGUUGGCCGAGGAACAAAUCGCGAAGAAACCAGUUUUGGACUUGUUUGCCGACGACGUGGAAGGUGAUCUGUUUUCAACGUCUUUAGUUAAACCUGUAAAGAAACCAUUGAAGGAUACGAAAAUAAAUUUAUUCGACGAAGAUGACGAGGAUGAUAGUUUGUUUGGCCCUGUUGUAAAGAAACCGUCGUUAAAAAGUGAGCUCGAAAGGAAACAUUCUGUGCAACAGCCAGCGAAGAAAAUAAGUUUAUUCGACGAUGACGAUAACGAUACCAAUUUGUUCUUCGAACCGUCCGAGCACGGACAGAAAUCAGAUUGUGGGAGUAUCCAAGAGCAAACGAACAACAAUGAGAUGUUUACGAGUAUUACCGAACCUGUGAGGACCUCGCAUAUUACAGACAUUUUUGCCGAUCAGUCGAGCGAAGAGGACGAUUUCUUUGCCACGAAACCAGUCCCGAAGAAAGUUCCCGUGGCGUCCAAGUCUUUGUUUUCUUCUUCUUCUGACGACGACGAUAUUUUCGGGAAGAAAACCACGACCGAGUCGCAAGUAAAGGCGACAGAAACGCGUACUACUGUAAAAAAAUCGGUAACGAGGGAUCUGAAGAAAACGGCUGAAAAGAUCGGCGAGGACCCUUUGAGCGUUUUACUAGAUGAUUAA